AUGGAGUCGUCUAUAGACCAGGUAGCUGCCAAGUGCAGCAAGCAGCUCGAUACGUUCCAGCGGUGCAUCCUUGCGAACCAGCAGAACCCCGGGGCAUGCGAGCCGUACAAGGUCGAGCUCUCGCGUUGUGCUGCGAGUGCCGUACCGCUGCUCAACGAAAUCAAGAAUCGCUGUGUCGCGCAGGUCGUCGCGUACGAUCGCUGCCUCGAGCAGUACACGGCCAAGGGCGACGCCGAGCUCGAGAAGAACUGCACCCCGCGCCUGCGCGAUCUCUGGUUCUGUACCGAGAAGGUCAAGCGAGAAAUCGAAGGUCAGAACCCCGAGGUUCAGAGCAGCAAAGAGGCCGCCAGGGCUGCUCUCUCCAAAUAG